CAUUACUGGCUUGGGAAAAGCAUCUUGGUUUGAUCAGAUGCUUUUUAAGGGCAGAGGAGAGAUCUGGGGUCUCAGGUUUAUUGAUACUGGUGGGCAGGGGCGGACUGACAACUCAUGGGGCCCCCGGGCAAUAGGGGAUCAUGGGGCCCCCGUGUCUUCGCCCACACUCAAAUCACUGCCAAAAAACUCUAUGAAAGGUACAAAGGACAUCUCAUGGGGCCCCCUACUGACCCCGGGCCCUCGGGCAGUGCCCGAGUUCCCCAAUGGUCAGUUCGCCCCUGCUGGUGGGAGU